AUGAAGAAGAAGAAGAAGGAUCCCAUUUGGGGUAGGCCCCGGGUUGAAAAAAUUGAAGAAAACCCGAUUUUAAAUGCUAACGACAUCAAUCUAGCUUGGGAAAGAAUCAAGAAUAAUAUCAAGAAUUCAGCAAGGGAGGCACUUGGAGAACGAACUAGAAAAGUGAACCAAGCAAUCAACCACAAGACACCAGGGUUCCGCCCAGAAGUCCAAGAACAGUGCAAAGAAAAAAGAAAAGCCUACCUAAAAUAUUCUACUAUGCUAACGCCAGAAUCAUAUAAUGAAUAUAAGCAAGUUAGGAGCAAAACUAAAAAAUUAAGGAGAAAAAUAACGAACGGUCACUGGGAAAUGUCCUUCAAACGCCUGGAAGGUGAUUUCUACGGGCUUCAAAAGCAGAUAUGGCGAUUCAUAAGAUCGCACAGAAAGGAGGUCAAUGAACUGUAUAAAACGACAAACACGGCAGAAAUAAAUAUUAACGAAGAUGCCACGAUCGAUAAAUCCGACGUAGAAAACGCACUACAGAAACUAAGAAAUAGAAAAAGCGCCGAACAAGACGGUAUACAAAAUGAAUUGCUCAAAUACGGUGGGCAAAGACUAACAGAAGAAUUAACUACUGUAAUAGAGAAAAUUAUAUAUCAACACAAAAUUCCAGAUGAAUGGCGAACCAGCACUACUGUGCUAAUGUUCCAACAAAGGGGAAUGCGAGCAAAUUAUAGAGGAAUAAACCUUUUAAGCACUGCUCUAAAACUAACACCUAAAGUGAUUACGAAUAAAAUCAACAAUCUUAAAUCGUUGGCAGACGAACAACAGGGAUUCAUAUCGGGAAGAUCUUGCACAGACGUGUUCGUAUUAAGACAAAUAGUGGAGAAGUCGAUUGAAUACAACAAGCCAGCGUUUAUAUGUUUUGUUGAUCUAACUAGAGCAUUUGACCGUGUCCAGCUGAAAGACGUCCUGCAAAAUCUCACACGAUAUCAGUAA